AUGAACGCCACCAUCGAGGAGGGAAAUAAAUUCCUCGAACAGUCAAAGCCCAAGAAGAUUAGCCUCGACCUCAGCAGGUCCAAGGAUAAGGAAAGCAAACAGUCGGCAGAGCGGGGGAAGCAGGAAGCCUCCAAGGUGGAUAAGCAGGAGGAGAAGCGGGCUUCGGUUCACUCCCGAAGCGAGUCCCACCGCGAUCGCAGCAACAGCAAGAAGCGGGAGGACAAGGAAAAGAAGCAGCUCAAGAGCUCUAUUCUCACCAGAUCGCACGACAAGAGGAGCAAGCAGAAGGAAACCAAACCCAGCAAGUCAGUCACCAGGUCCAGGGUGGCCCACGACGCCUCCAAGAGCAAGACUAAGGGAGCUUCCUCCAAGAACCACAAAGACGCUUCCAAGGAUUCGAAGGGAAAGGCGGCCUCCUCGCGAAAGUAUCCCAACAAGAUGAGAAAAACAUCAUGA